AUGAUUUCCGCCAACUCGACGUCGCUACGUCCCGGUCACCACCGCCGUCAACUCUCGACUCCAGCACCCUUCGACGCUGCAAUCGCACCUCAAGCUAUGUCUGCAGGCCAACCUCGCCGAACACAUCGUCGAGGACAGACAAUGGACUACGGCUCGUACGGUCAACAGAUCCCCGCAGUUGACCUGCGACAUGCGUCGAAGACGGUUCCAGAGCUUCGAGAUUUCUUUAACGCAAAAUCAGCAGGUUUCUUUCAACAGGCAGGGGCUGCUCAGCAGUUUCCCGACUAUCUCCAACAAGCAGAGCAAUCUUUUAUCCCGUCUGGAUUGCCUGCGCAAGAACCUUAUCAAUAUCAGUCAUCGCCAAUGUGGAGCCAAGAGGAGUUGCACGGACUAUACUCGGCAUCUACUGCCACGACUUCGCUUGCGACAAAGAUUGCCCCCCCUCUUUCAAGAUCCGCUAGUGAAAGCUCCGACAAGAACGCUUCAUUGAAAAACGCUCUCCACCGUAUGCGCCAGGAGCGCAAUCUGUCGAUGAUGCAGAGAGAGCAGGUCACCGGAUACCCUCGAGCGAUGCAACCACUCUCUGUUCAACCAGAGGCUAUUUCUCCCAAGAUGAACCCAUACAUUUCGUACACUUCUCCCCUUACCCCCGAGUCUACCCCGAUGAAGGCUUCCUUUGAUUUUACCAUGUACAGCAAUGACCAAACCCCCACAAAGUCCCAGAGCUUUUCAAUUCCCCGUACCCCAGCCAGCUCCGAAAUGCAGAGGGCUCAGUCUCUGCAGGGAAUCUCUUUGGCUAGUCCGGUGCAACUUAAGCACCAAAUGCCUUCCCCCGCUGAAUCCCCCUCUGCCUCAUUUGCCGAAUUGGCCGCAAUGCCCUCUCCCCGCUCCUGUGGUCUAUCUGAUAUCCCCGAAACACCUUCCACUGGUGAUCGCCACCAGCGUGCAGAUUCAAUCGAGUCCUCCCUUAUGAGGUCCGGGUCUGAUCUGGAUGCCGAACCCGUUGCAGAAUUCGACCUGGAUGCUCGAGUCAAAGCGUCUGUUCGAGAGACCGGUGUCUCUAAUGAUGAGAUCAAUAAGUAUAUCUCCGGCCCCGAUCCUAAGGACGGCAAGUGGGUGUGCUUGUGGCAUGAUUGUGAGAACUGUCGCUUCGGUCGCAAGGAGAAUAUCAAAUCCCACGUGCAGACCCAUCUGGAUGAUCGCCCCUACAAGUGCGACGUUUGUGAUAAGAAGUUUGUUCGAGGGCACGACCUCAAGCGCCACCUGAAAACCCAUACCGGCAAGAAGCCGUUUGCCUGCCGCUGUGGCGCCAGUUUUGCCCGACAAGACGCCCUGACCCGCCAUCGUCAGCGCGAUAUGUGCGUUGGAGGCUACAAUGGCCACACCCUGAAGACCACCCGGCGUGGCCGCCCGCCCAAGAAGAACCGCCCAGAUAUCGAAACCCGUCAGACCAAAUCCACCCGUACCCGUCAACGCGUGGCCGAUAAGCCCCAGUCGAUCACACCCAUCAAGGCAGAGGGCGCUCAUCUCCAACAGACCCCUGUCUUCGGGUCGCCCAAUUAUGCCCCGUCUAACAGCAUGUCGUCGUUCACGCCACCUACUUCUCCCGGUGGAAGCCUCAGUGACGUCUCAUCCCCUCUCCCAGGUGGCAGCUCGUUCGCCUCUCAAUUCGACGAUGACAUGCUGCCGCCUCUGUCGCCGCCCCAGAUGGCCCACGCCCGAUACGAGCAAGCCAUUGCUCAAUUCAACCCAAAUAUGGUUGGAGACCAUGCUACCCACGAGUAUCUUUACAGUGACACUGCCCUAUCUCCUUCUCACGACAUGUCCUCGCCUCAUACCGCACCUACGCUCGCCGAGUCCUCUGUGGGCUCGGAGAUUGAUCUUUUCAUGACCCAGGAUCCUUCGGAGCAAGUGCAGGAGGAGUUCCGCCAUAUUACCAGCCAGGCUUUGUCAAGCUUUUCCAACACCUACUCCUAUGUCGAUACGUCCGAUUUUCCCACCUCGUCGUUCUAUACCGAUAUGCCAGAGAAGACCUUCCCUGGCCUUAACCCCCUGGACGACCCUUACGCGGAUCAAAUCGACUCGCUCUCCAACGAGUUCCUGGUUGACCCAUGA